UUUCACUAGCUCCGCCCAAGAAAAUUGUUUAUAAAAUAGUAACAGCCUGUCACACCGAUUAAUUAAUUUAAGCAUUGAUGCUGGACAAAUGAAAGGGUUGCUACGUUAUAACGCCAAGUGAAAUGGAAAAGGCGCGAAUAUGCACGUUUUUGAUUACCGGUGGCAGUGGAUACUUUGGUUUCCGCCUUGCCUGCUCACUACAUAAAAAGGGAGCUAAAGUCAUCCUGUUUGAUUUGAGGCCACCCAGCCUAGAGGUUCCAGAGGGCAUUGUGUUCCUAAAGGGAGAUAUUCGUGAGUAUGCUCAGGUGGAGAAGGCGGUCACUGGCAUGGACUGUGUUUUCCACAUCGCCUCCUACGGCAUGUCUGGCAGGGAGCAGCUGAACAGGAAGCUGAUUGAAGAAGUGAAUGUCCAGGGCACAGAGCAUGUCCUCAGGGCCUGUGUAGAGGCUGGAGUCUCCAGGCUCGUCUACACCAGCACAUUCAACGUAGUGUUCGGAGGCCAAGUCAUUGAGGGUGGUGACGAAAGCCUCCCCUAUCUACCUCUCCAUCUCCACCCUGACCACUACUCCAGAACCAAGUCGGUAGCUGAGAUGGCCGUGAUGAAAGCCAGUGGUACAGAGCUGAAGGACGGGACAGGUGUGUUGAGGACCUGUGCUCUGCGUCCAGCCGGUAUAUACGGGCCUGGCGAGCAGAGGCACCUGCCCAGGAUCGUUGGGUACAUAGAGAAGGGGAUAUUCAGGUUUGUGUAUGGAGAUCCGAGAAGUUUAGUGGAGUUUGUCCAUGUAGACAACCUGGUGUCUGCACACGAACUGGCUGCAGAGGCUCUGACGUCAGAGCACCAGCACCGCUCUGCUGGACAGGCAUACUUCAUCUCAGACGGAAGACCUGUCAACAACUUUGAGUUCUUCAGACCUCUGGUGGAGGGUUUGGGUUACUCUUUCCCCAAACUACGUCUACCCGUCUCUCUCAUUUACUUUGUUGCGUUCCUCACUGAGAUGAUUCACCAUCUCAUCGGCCCAAUCUAUAACUUCCAGCCUCUGCUCACACGCACAGAGGUGUAUAAGACCGGCGUGACACAUUACUUCAGCAUGACCAAGGCCAAGGCCGAGCUGGGUUAUGAGCCCCAGGAGUAUAACCUGGAGGAGGUUGUGCAGUGGUUCAAGAGUAGAGGUCACGGAAGAAAACCUAGUGGUUCACGUCUCCAGCGACUGAUACUAGAUGGUCUUCUAUUAGUGGCUCUAGUAGCUAUGGCCCUCGCAUACCUCCCAGUGGUUGGCAGUUAAUCAGCAGCCAGUAAUAAAGUGAUAAAUCUCAAUGGCACAUUUAAAUGUUGAAACUUGUGCUAUACUAGUGGUGAUGGAUUGUUUGGUUCUCCUUUUAUUAAUUACACUGUUGGCAGUUUGUAAUAAAACAAAAUCAUAUUAUUUACCUGAAUUAGACCUGUUCAAAUUAAAGACCACAUAACCUUGUCUUAAUAAAUGACCAUGAUUGUGUUUUGUGUAAAUUCCAACAAUAGAUAUACCUAGUUAGAUAUACUAUAGCUAACUUUUGUCUUAUAUUGGCAAUUGUUGGACACAAUGCGUUUUGUUUUUGGCAGGCGUUUAAAGCCAGAAUGGAAUGUUUGUUUUAAUUUGUGCCUGUCCAUGGAAGUACCUGACCAUAGUCCACUAGUUAAAUGCAGUAUUUACAUAAGGAUUCUCUAAACUUGAUAAUGCAUAAGAGACAUCUCUUGGUGCAGAUGUCUAUUGGUACAAACAACAUUUGGUCCCACUUUAAAUGAAGUACAACUUAUAAAGGCUUUAUAAAGCAUACAUAAAGACUUCAUAAGCACUACAUAAAUGCUUCAAAAAUCAUCUAUAAGCAUAUGUCAAAUGGUGUAUAAAGGGUGACAUAACCAUUCCCACUGUAGGGUGAAUUGCCAAAUGUAACAACACACUAUGUAUGUUUAUACACCAUUUAAUGAGUAUGACAUAUGCUUAUAGAUUAUUUGUGACGCAUUUAUGUAGUGCUUAUGGAGCCUUUAUGUAUGCUAUAUAAAACCCUUUAUAAGUUGUACUUCAUUUAAAGUGGGACCCAACAUUGGGCCCUUUUCCCUGAUUUUGUUUUUACAUCUCAAUUGGAGAUGGUAAUAAGAAAGAUGACGGACAAUGUAUUGUAAUGUUUAACGAUAAGAUUUUAUGCUUUUUUAUACUGUAUAACUUUGAAAUGUUUCAUGAGGACCGACACAGAUUUUUAGUCAAUAAGGGAUAUUUUUCUUUAUUUUAGUUGGAUAAUGUUAUCAUAAUGUUCUUGAAUAAAAUGACAUGACUGAA